AUGUUAAGAAAAAACCAAGUAGUCUCUUCAUGGCUGGUAAUGAUGAUAUGCAUCCCUUUGUUGGUCCAUGUUGGACAAGCCCACAUAGGCCCCCAACCUGGUAUUCCCUUCCGGCCACCUAAAUUUCCCAGCGUGCUACCUCAUAUUCCCGACCUGCCAGGUCUAUUACCACCAAUUUUCGAUAAAGAUAUCCAGAAAUGCUGGUCAUCUCUUUGGGCAGUUGGAGGAUGUGUGAGGCAGAUUCAGAGGACUCUUGCCGGUUUCAACCUCGUCCAUAUUGCCCCUGCUUGUUGUGAGGCCGUCAGUGCCAUUGAUGAGCAUUGCUGGCCCAAGAUGUUUCCCUACGCUCCUUUCUUCCCCCCAUGGCUCAAGAGUAACUGUGCUCGCCUCUAG